GAUGUGCGGAAGCACUUCUGUGCCAAAGGCAUCAACAGCUGAAUCCACAGCAGAUGAAGCAGUAGAGCCUGGCGCUCAACGAGACGCAGCCGUCAGCUUACCUGAUGUGCAGGUGAGGCAGGAGGGGAUAAAGGAAGAACCGGCCAAAAAAGACUUAGAUAAGAGAAUGGAAAUCUGCCUCACGGAGACCGAAACUCUCUGGUUACUGAAUGUGCCGCCUGCUCUGGUGUCUGUAGAAUCAGAAGAUGCUGGAAGAGUUCUGGAGCAGAAUAGGAUGUAUGUUGACAAGUGUGAAAAUAGAUUUAGGAAAAUAUUUGGAGAAAAAAUAAUUCAGACCUUCCAUGGAGCUGCAAAGAACAAGGAAUUGCAGUGCGACAAGAUCAGCGUGGAAGAUAAAGGCACCCCGAGUUCUCCGACUGUUCGGCAAAGUGCCGUUCCGGCUGGAAGCCCAAAAGAGGAUGCAAGCCGUUCAGCAGUGAUACUGGCAUCGGAAAAGUUUCAUCAGGAUUUAUUUUUCAUGGAGAGGGUUUUGAUGCAGAAAAUGUUUCAGCCUAAACUUGCAGCUUAUACUCAGGCUCCACCGUAUUUGUGCAUUUCAGAUCCUGAUGUCACCUCCGGCGCUGGUGGUGCAGUCGCAGCCAUCGAAGAAGCUAAACAGAAGGAGCAAAGCAAGGAAAUGAAGGAUAAGGAAGAGCAGAAGGAAGCAUUCACUGACCCACCAGUUCCCUCAGAUCUAAAGCAAACCCUGGAAGAAGCCUCACCUCCCAGGCUGGAACAGCUCUGGUCGUAUCUCUGUGAUUUAACCGAAGGUCACAACGUGAGCAACAUGGCUUGGAACAAAGUAAACCCGGAUCUUUUAGCGGUUGGUUACGGAACGUUUGAUUUUAAAGGACAGAAGAGAGGCUUGGCUUGCUGUUGGUCACUGAAGAACCCCAAGUGGCCAGAGCGUAUUUUCCGGUGUGAGUGCGGCGUUACAGCUCUGGAUUUUUCUGUGGCCAGCCCGAAUCUCUUAGCGGUUGGAAUGUACGAUGGCUCUGUCGUGGUCUAUGACGUACGGAGUCGCAGUGACGCCGUGCUUUUGGACAGCAGGUAAGGCUGUGAUUUCCCGUCUCACAGAAUCACAGGAUUAUGGAGGGUAGGCUCAGAAACUCCUUCCUGGCUAAACCCCCCUGCCGUGGAGGGUGGACAAGACCCGCGGCAAAGCCGAUCCCUCCUGGCCCCACUGCGGCUUCUGCGCAGGUGUUCUUGUUCAUGCGAAGAGAGUUUUCUAGAGACCUACAGAGGCCAUAAG